UACACUGAAAGUGAAAGUUCCCCUGGAGGCACAAGAGGGCGGUGCCUCAGGUGAGAGGAGGAGGGGCAGUUUAGGGAAGGGGCGUGGCUUGUACUGUGUGUAAGAGAGUAAAUAUUUUUCACUACUGGUGGAACCUGUCCGUCUACUUCACCAGAGACGCACGGAGACUCAGCCUGAAGUGCAGGACGCACAAAGAACAGCGGAGAGAACAAACACAUUUACCAGAAACCAGAAAGAAUGCUGGACGGAGCGACAGUCUGGACAUAGACCACCGGAUUGGACAUCAUGUAGAUGAAGACAACUCGCGUUGUGUUUGUGUUUGUUUACUUGACAGGUGCAUCAGUGUGUUUGAGUUUGAAUGAGACGUGUGUGUUUCUGAGGACCUUUAAUGGGUAGAAGCAUCCUGGAUAUGGGGGGAUGUCAGAGUUACAGCAGCUCUGAUGAAGAGGAUGUCAGCGCUCUGAAGGCAAACUACACUAAUGUCAGCCUGUUCAAAUUAAGAAAUAACAGUCUACAUUUAGUCCCGUCUGCUGAGGUCAAACCUUACCUGACAGAUCACUUCCUGUCCAGACGCAUCACUGAUCUCGACCUUCUGACCCUCUCUGCCCUGCCACACGGCCUCGACCAGCAGGAGUGGAUAGCAACAAACACGGUGUCGUUUUUCCAGCACACUACCCUCUUCUUCAGCGCUCUGUCUGAUUGUUGCUCAAUUACAACGUGUCCGGCAGCCAAAAGCUCAGGAAACCUUUUGUAUGAAUGGACAGACGAUCAGGGGAAGAAACUGAAGUGUUCAGCUCCGAUCUACAUCGACUACGCCUUGUCCUACAUCCAGGAGAUACUCUCAGAUGAGCGUGUGUUUCCUACCAAGGCCGGGUCAUCGUUCCCUUCUGGAUUCAUAUUCCUGAUUCAGAAGAUCUUUGUGAUGCUCUUCCGUACGUUGGCUCACCUGUUCAGCGUUCACUACCAGGACGCCAUCGCUGUGGAGAUACACCCGCAGCUCAACACGCUCUUCACACACUUCAUCACCUUCAGCCACACAUUCAGACUGCUGGAGCCCUCAGAGACUGCGCCGAUCGACGAGCUCAUCGCAGUACUCACAUGCUGACACACAAACUCAAGGAAUAUACACGUGAGGUCUUCACAAAAGGGCACAGCAUGAGCCUGUGAAUCAUAAAAUUCACAAAUGGAACACUCUAUAGCUUUGGCACCUAAUGGGACAUGUGCAAGUGAAGACCACAAGACUGUAAGUCCACAUGUCCACAUCAAGUACACUAUAUAGGACAGUUCCUUUUUUGAUGUUACAUGAAGAACCCCUUUGAUGUUUUGACCCAGUGGAACUAGAAUGUGUCAAUCAACUUCAGGCUGAGCUCUGAUUGGACAGCGCAGCUGCUGGCCCCACCUAUAAGUGGUUUUUCAGUGCCAACUGUGAACGUGGGUUAUUUUCUUUCGGCCAGUGAUCACACAGCCUUUAGCGGGAUGCAAUUCUUAGGAAUCUGGGAGCACCGGGAGCUUUCAACAGUACUUUUCAAAUUAUGGCCAAAUUAUUCCCUCUUUGUGUGGUUGUCUGCCACAAUCAAUGAAAAAAACAAUGUUU